AUCAGGAAAGACCGAGCCGGCGUCCUGGACAAAAAGAUAGAAAAAAAGAUCCAAAAAGCAACAGCACAAAAUUUUGCGAUAGUGUAGUUGGAACAUUUCAGAUUGAUGAGAUCGUGCUUAUCAGCACAUUCUUGUCCAUUCAAAUUGAAGAGAAGGUCAUUGGUGUCAAUGCUCAAAUUUAAUACGAUCCAGCAGGACAAAGAUCAACUUGCUCGUGGUUCAAGAUCUUUCUCAGUGACGCGCAGGAUACAAAACAAUGCUCCAGCACACAAAGCGGGAACUGAAAAAAGUUCCCUGAAAAAUCUUCUAUCAGCCCCACCAACAGGCUAUUGCGGCGAAAAAAGGAACAUGCGAAGAAUGAAAAUUAGAAGUAGAAAGAGCAAACAUAACACUUGGCGAUGAUCAUACCUUAGAAGAAUUUUAACCAAGAGUAGUCCAGCUAUUGACUCAGAGGUUUCUGCGGAGACGAGAGUGGAAGUGAGUAAACAAAUCGUAAGUCUAAACCUCGAGUGCUGUGUUUACAGGAGAGAAUGGCCAAGAACCAAUUUAAGGAGUAACUUGAAACUACGCAUACAACGCUUGACACCAACAACAUCCUGAGCCUACUUCAAGUACAACAAUCGAUCUGAUUUCCCUCCAAAGCGAAUCAUCCAAUUUAGACACUGUACAUCCAAAGCUCCGCCCCCCCCCCUAUGCCGCUGGUUGAAUGCGCGGCCCCGGUGGCUUCGACCGCCAGCAAGUACGCCGGAAAGGUGACGUGGCAGGACAGCAGUCUGCAGAAGGUGUGGAAUGGCAAGUUCUGGGUGACCACGCGACUUUCUACCGUGAACGGGUUGGCCAACCGACAAAAGGACAAGGACCGCGUGGAGCAGACCCUCGGGCUGCCGGAGUUCGGGCGCCCGGACAUCGUGCUGAAAUGGAGCAAGCUCGUCGGCACGUCCGAGGUCCGGUGCGAGGACCGGUUUUUGCCGAGCGACGUGCGGGAUCAGAUGGACGCGGAGAUGAAAAGGAGCAACGGUGAAGGCCACAACGGCAUUACAAAAACAUCCUCGUCGUCUUCCCCGAGCAACUUGACCCGCGCGGGUGCGGCUAGUUCCACCUGCCCGCACGACUUCCCGCAGCAAAGUCCGGGCACCCCGAGCACCUCCGCCAGCACGCCCACCAAAAACGGCAACGACCCAACAAAUUUGUUCGCGCGGCAGCACUCCACCGGAGGUUCUUCCUGCGGCGGGUCGGCGGUGUCGGAGGACUACUGCAGCGGCACUAACUUGACGUGCGACAGCGGUACCAACGUUGACAGCCAAACGUCCUGCGAACCGCAGAUCGUCGCGUUCGGGUACGAAAGGAUCGUGUACGGCGACCACGGGCCGUACGUGGAGCUGGCCGCGCACCAGAUCAACUGGGAGGCAUUUCCGUUUUUUCACGAGAAGCCGGGCUACAGCUACUACGACGAGUAUUAUGCGAAAAACAAGAUCAUGCUGUAUGCCCAGAAGAAAUUUGUGACAAACAAGAAGUCGCCGCCCAAGACCGGCCAGUACUCGACGGACAACCAACGGCCGGAGGGUUACGCAAACUACGUCCCGGGCUGUUUUUACAUCGCCGCCGACGCGACGGUGCUGAUGGCAGAAACCGCCGGGGGAAAGCCGCUCGUGCAGCAAAGAAGUCCACCUCAUCAACAGGAACAGAAAAUAGAAGAGGAAACUGUGCGGCAGCGGGGGAAUCUAGGCGUUGGUGAAGUGGUAAGUAGGCCCCAAUUUCUCAGCGACAACAUCCCGGGCGAGGGGCAACAAACGGCGAAAGAAAUGAAUCUGCCUGCUGUAGCCACAACAGCUUGGAACGUCAAUGCCGUGGCCUUCGUGCCCAGCUGGGAAAGGUAGGCGCGAGCGUUCUUUGGCUCGUAGUGUCGCCGCAGCGACCAAAAAGUGACAGCAGCGCAAAGUGCACUUCUCUUCAAAAGCGAUGCUAUGAAAUAAACUUACGCGGCCUCUUGCAAUGGCCUACCGAUAACGCGGAUCAAAAAACGACAAUGUAGUAAUGCGACCAUAUUAAACGACUUAGCAGGGAACUGUAGACGCAUCCAACUGGGCCCGCAGCAGAUCGAAUUCGAAUUCUAAAAGCGUCCAGGCCAGGGAAGUUAUUCGCGCAGUUCUUGAAUGACGAUUCGACUUCCAUAAAAAGUGUUCGUAAGAUGACAAGAUAGGCAGCAGGUUCACAGAAUGGGUAAGCAAACCGCUCUCGGUAUGCUUGAGGAGCAU